AUGAAACUGAAAAAACCUGCCAUGGACAAACAAGAAAUAUGCAAAAGCUAUAUAAGCCUCACAUCAGAGGCCCCACCUCUGGGAGCAGCGCCCCCGCAUCCCUCAGGCCCCAGCCUGCUGUACUGUCCCCUACCAGAAGAGGCACUGCGGGGCGGCACCCGCCGGUUCCCACAGCUCGGGGAAGACCCGGGCGGCGGCGGCUUAGCCCCGACCCCUCCCCUCCCGCUCCCUCCUCCUCCGGGUCUGAGGGCGGCGGCCUCCGACUCAAGACCCUGGGGCUCCGGGUCUUCUCAGCAGCCGCCGCUGCAGCCGCGGCGACGUCACCGUCCUCGCGGCCUCGCACACAGCGCUGUGGCCGCCGAAUGCCCGUGGACGCGCAUCUCUUCCCAGAGUUCCUGCUUCCUGGGCCAGCCAAAGCCGCAGGGAGCCCAUGAAGCUCAUCACCAAAGCUUGUGUGCAACAGAAGUAUCUGGUGCACAAGUAGGCGUCCAGCAGCAAUCCCCUGCUCUAGGUAUUCUUGUGGGGCUCUCAAAGGAAACAAGACAGAUGGAAGUCCCGGAGUUUGUGGCCAAAGUGAAUGACACCCACCCCAGAUCCUUUCCGUGGCAGUAAAUGAGGCAUUGAAAGAAGAGGAGGAAAUACCCCGUGCCCGAGAUGCAGCUGCUGUUGGUGACGUGACAAGUGCCAGUGUUAGUGCCAGUUCCAGUUCCAGGGCCUCUGCCAUGGCUGAAGCAAGCAUCAGCACCCGUACCAGUGCCAGUGCCAGUGCCAGGGCUAGAGCCAUGGCUGGAGCAAUUACCGGUACCGGGGACAGUGCCAGUGCUGGUUACAAUCUCAGGCUAGGGUCAGGGGCUCCUCCUGCCACCGGUGAAGGCUGAGGCUGAGUCCUCACUUUGUUUUGUUGCAGGUAGUCGAAGGGGCCCUGCAGCAGUGGGCACUGGGGCUGUGACUUUCGAAGAGUCGAGGGGUAUAGAGUGGGGUUAGGGAGAACGUACCACCCGUGGUAUCUGUGCUCCAGUUCUCCUUUGUGUCUCUUGGUGAUUUAGCUUUCAACUUGUACAUUGCAAAGUUUUGUUUGCUUUAAUUGACUUUUCUCUAAUGACAAACAAUUUGUAGGAAAUAAACUGGCUAAAACUAAAUGAUGACAGUAUUAUAUCGAGGUUGAAACAAAAGCCAUACCUAACCAUGUUUUCAAAAUCCUUGGUUCUGUAGACAUUUGAUUAAGUAUUUAAGUUGAGCGUCUGGGUUUGUGAAUGACAUUGGUCAAAUGUUUUAUUGUUCUUUGUUUCAGUUUUAGAAGGAGAGAUUUGCUGUUUCAUAAAAGAAAUUGGGACACUAUAUCUUUUUGUGUCUGGAAUAUAUUAUAGCAUUGGAAUAAGCUGUUCUUUGAAAGCUUGAAAGACUUUACCGGUACAAUGAUCCCCCUCUCCAAAUAUAAAAAGGUAAAAUAAAACGUUGGUCAGUGUCUGUUGCACAAAAAUACAUCUGAUAUUUACUUGUAUUUUCUUAGUUCUCUAGAAUGUAGGGAAAAAUAAAAAAUUAAUGAAUUAGA